AUGGACACAUUGGAGGUUCCGCUAAGGACAGGAUUUUUCCAAAAUAGUAACUUCAGUGAGUUAAAUGAUGAUUCGGAAUUGCUUGAUAGUCCACCUGGUAACUCCGCUAAAAAGGUGAGGUUCCAAUCCAGCAAGCAUGAUGAUGAGACGAACGAUAGUGGCAAGUACUUAAAUCAUGAAGAUGACCCUCUGCAAGGUAAAAAAAAUGUUGAGGAUUUACUUGAAUAUGCAAAUCAAGUAAAUGACUAUGUGGCGCAAAAUUUGGACAAGAUAAAUAGUUUUAGAUCCGAUUUAUUGAACGAUGGUUCCUAUGUCAAGCCUUACAGUGAUGUCGCCACACAAGCAACGAACUUAUCAGCAUCUAUGUCUAAUUUUGAACUGAGCGACAACGAAUAUGAUGAUCAUGAUACCAGUACUGACAUGUUAUCUACCGGGCUGGUAAAUGAUGGUUCGUCUGCAUUAAAUAAAAGUGAGAAAGUGCUAUUAGAAACAUUACCUUCAACGGAAAUAUCUGAGAUUAUUGAUUACGGUACCGAUAAUGAUCAAAUCAGUGAAAGCAGCGACAGUACACUGGAGAAUUCGCCAAUAUCACGUCCGUGCGAUACUAUGCCUAUACAGCUGAAUAAAGAUAUCAAGAAUCCAAUAUUCAAUUCUUCGGAAAAGGUUCAGCCUCAAACUUCGCAACAGCCGGACAAAGACAAUCCUAAGACGUCUCUGAUAAUAGCGGAUAUUAAGUCAUCAAGUGACGUUCCUGAACUAUCGCCUGUUGAAGGAAUUAACAUUCUUGAAGAUACAAUAAAAUGCAUUUUACAGCUUUCUCAAAAUGAUAUUGAUAAAAAAAAAAUUAAUGACUCCUGUUCUUCUAAUGACCCAACUUUUAAUGAUGAUGACCCAUAUGACCCUAACGAAUACUCGAAUUUCUUCAUGAAGAGCGCACCCACAAUAACGUAUCAGCAAUUGAUUUCAAGAAUUCAAGCCAAAUGUAUGUUUGGAUCUGUGGUUUACACUACAGCUACCUUUCUACUGCAAACACUGUUGUUGACAAGAGAGGGGAUAGAGGGUCCGAUCAUUUUGAGGCAAAUUUUGAAUGAAAAUGAAAUCCACAGAUUGAUCAUUGCAUCUGUCCGUAUAGCAACGAAACUGUUGGAAGAUUGCGUCCACUCUCAUCAAUACUUCUGCAAAGUGUGCGGUGUUUCGAAAAGACUCCUUACACGGUUGGAAGCGUCACUAAUCACAUGUUUAAAAGAUGAUGCUCUGAUAAUUACUAGUGAAAAGCUGGCAGCAUCCAUUAAAGUAAAAGAUGAGCUCAUACAAACAAAUUUUUCACAUUAA